AUGGCGAUGCAAAAGCGUUCUAGUGACACUACGAAGAGAACAAGACAUUCAGCAAUGGGAUAUCCCAAUGAACCGGAAUGCCGGAUGAAUAGAACGAUGGAUCAAUGGCAUGUACACUGGUCAUCGACUGAUAAUAUUGGUCGGGAAUUCCGAUCGGAGAUUCCCGCGUGGCAGAAAUGGAUAUCCGGUCUUACGUUUACAGAUGGAAAAGUACUGUUGAUUACGCCACAAGUCAGACAACUAGUGGACUAA